CCCAUGAUUGAUCCGCCUAUUCUGCCAGGGCUGACCGAAUCGUUGCGAUGGUCCAGUGGCCAGAUCUCGAAUGAUGUGUCUGCAGGCGCAAGAUCUACUCGUACCCCAUGUCAAAGAACUCCACAUCUAUGCACUAUGGUGCCAGCCGACGUACCAGAGCCUGGAUUAACACAGACGGUUUUACACCCCAGAAAGGAUGUGUUUGUAUUAAAGGUUGCAAAAGUGGGCCCCAAUGGAGACAAAAAAUGCAAGAUGGAGCUGGAACUGGUGACUCCAAAAUACAACGACCAGCCUCCAGUGUAUCGUGUUGAUACUAGGGAGACACAGUGCGAACCCGAAUGUCCCUGUUGCUGCGGAAGACCUGCUAGGAGGAAGAAGAGACUUUAAAACGACCUCUACAUUUUGAACCAAAUGUGAAAAAUACAUAAUUUUGCUCUCUACCGCCAAAUAUACUGCCAUCUGCUACUGCCUCAAUUUCCAUCUUUCAUAUGUACAAAUUCCGUAAUAGUGUACCUACGACAAUACAAUAAAACCUAUAAAUUCCGACAAUUGUGCAACUGAAUUUA